GCAACUUACUUGUUCAACUGAUUUAGCUAACACAAUGGCUACCAAAACUGCUCUCUCCGGCCGUGCUGCCAGGCUCGAGAAUAUUUUUUAUUCUUUCAUUAAAGGCGAUCGCGCUAUACAAUCCUCACACGACGCCAAGCUCUUCUUUGAGGCAGUUGACGUUAUAUGCGAACACAAAUCUGCAGCAGUUUGCAUGGAAUGCAUACUUGCAAGAAAAGAUGGCCCGCAAACAGUAAGAGAUGCCGUUCGCAGCAAUCUCUCAAUUGCAUUCAUCACGUCUUCAACAGCUACCUUCAUAAAUCAAGUAUGCCAGGCUCAGGUAAAAAUAUUGAAUGAUGGCAACUUUCUUGAGAGAUUAUUGAAGGAAAUACUCUCCCCUCCCACAUUUUGGACUGCAUUCCUCGACCUCUAUACAUCCAAUCAGCUUAGCGAUAGUGGCUUGAUUGCUUUUGCGUCUCUCUGUUUGGAAAUCGUGUCUUCUUCAUCGCCUGAGAUAUUGGCACUUUCUCACGAUGUGGAGUCACUUACUGGAAAGCUGUCGUUAUCACGUUCACCAUCCGAGGCAGUCCGGGCGCUUGGUUACCGCAUUGACAAAAUUAUCCAAGUCCGAAAAGGCUCUGCAACCGCGUCAAUUCGGAUGGACUACAGCCCUGGUGGCAGGCACGACAAUGACUUUGCAGAUUUUCGCCAAAUUUCCAUUUUCCCCACCGCAGAUGAAGUUAGUUCAAAAGAGGAUCCCUUUUUGCAACGGUUGGAUGAUGUAUUUGAAGUUUCCAGGGAUGAGCGUGCGAUCAACCAUCUUGGCUGGCUUUUCCGUCUUUUACGAGAAGAUAUGAUUGCAGAUCUAAAAGAAGAUCUACAAAUAGCAUGGGGCCAAAAAAAGGCUAGACGUAAACCGUUGGCCUUUGGUGCCCUGAAUCUGGUGGAUUAUGAUAUUGGAGCUGAUCGAUCAGCGAAACCAUUCACGCUACUGCUUCAGUGUCAAGAGGGUAUCAGCUUUCCUCCAAAUAUACGCACUAAAGAAGCCAAGAAGAGAUAUCUCGAAGACUCCAGACACAUUGUGAAGCACAAUUCUGUCGGCGCUCUUUGCUUGGAUAAAAGCAUCAUCGCCUUUGGCUCCAUCGUACGGAAUGAAGACUGGCUUAUCCAAAAUCCGCCAAAGAUCGGGAUACAAUUCACCGAUAAUCCUGGGUUAAAGGGAGCGGUUCAGGCACUCAUGGGUCCAAAUUGCCAUCAACUCAAGUUUUACGUCGUUGAUACCGCAACAUUUGCUUAUGAGCCAAUAUUACAACGAUUAAAAGAAAUAACAGAGAUUCCGAUCGAGAAUGUCAUCCUCGACCCGACAGGGCCUCCGUCUCGGUAUGACGCUCCCCCAAGGCUAUACGAGUUCGUCCUAAGCCUGAAAUCUGCACUGCUACGUCAAGAAUCAUUCAGUUUAGAGAGUAAACUGGGUAUCAAAGUGCAGAUUCGAGAUGCGCAACUCAUGUCAUUAAUCAACGGCCUGGAAAGUCCUGUAGGCCAGAUUCAGGGCCCACCAGGAACGGGCAAAUCGUUUAUCGGAGCUAUCAUUGCCCAAGCCCUUAUGAAAUUGACCAACUUUCGAAUCUUGGUCCUAAGUUAUACAAACCAUGCCUUGGACCAAUUUCUUGAAGAUUUGAUGAAUGUUGGCAUUCCACAAAGUGACAUGGUUCGUAUUGGAUCGAAAGCUUCCGCGAGAACAGAAGCGUUACGAAUCGAUGGCCUCGCGAGAGAGCCUCAAUUUCGUUUCAGCCUUGAGACUAAAGCAAUGCUCAAUGCUACUAGAGUGGAUCAAGAGGAUACAAGGAUAAAGCUAGAUCGUCUUAGAGAUCAGCUAACUAAUCCACAUGUCCAACCACACGAAAUAUUGGAUAUGUUGGAGUUCUUCGAUUCUGAACUGAGGUUCUGGGACGCUUUUCAAGUCCCUAGUGGCGAGCAAAUUGCAGGAAAAAGGAACAGGAUACUGCGACCUGUCGACGUCUACGAUUAUUGGGUUCAGGGAAAACCGCUGCGAUCUCUGGGCAUGCUCGCGGCAAAUAUGAGUGCUGAACAUUGGGCAGUUUGGAAGAUUCCACCAAAAACUCGACUGGCGCUUCAUAAUAUGUGGAAGAGCCAAAUUCAACAGGAAAAGAUCAACGAGUUUGCACAGCUAGCAGAGACAGCAAAUAACCACUAUCGGAAGAUAGACAGUCUCCUCAAAGAAAACAAGAGAAACAUAGUCAAGAGCAAGAGAAUCAUUGGAUGUACUACCACAGGUGCGGCAAUGUAUCAAUCUAUCAUACGAGCGGCUGAACCAGAUAUUGUUCUUGUCGAAGAAGCUGGAGAAAUUCUAGAGGCGCAUGUUAUUACAUCUCUCGGCCCAUCUGUCAAGCAACUGAUACUGAUUGGUGACCAUAAGCAGCUUCGUCCCAAGAUCAACAGUUACAAACUUUCUGUGGAAAAAGGCGAAGGCUUUGAUCUCAACGUUUCUCUUUUUGAACGUCUUAUUAGACAAGGCCACCAAUUUACCACUCUCCAGGAGCAACAUCGUAGCCAUCCGGACAUUUCUCAAUUUUCACGACUUUUAGCUUAUGAGGAGCUCAAGGAUAUGCCAAAAACACUCGAUCGGGAAAAGUUACGUGGAUUACGAGAGAGAGUCAUCUUUGUACACCACGAACAUCCGGAGGAGCAGCUAGAUAACGUUGUUGAUCGCCGGGAUCCAAGUUCAAAAGCCAGCAAGAAGAACACAUUUGAAGCUGACAUGGUCUUGAAAACGGUCAAGUAUCUAAGUCUACAAGGCUACCGUUCCGAGGAUAUAGUUGUCUUGACUCCAUAUAUGGGUCAGCUUUCACUUUUAAGACAAAAACUCAGCGAGAUAAAUGAUCCUUACUUGAAUGACUUGGACACUCACGAACUAGUGCGAGCUGGGCUAAUGACACAGGCAGCUGCUAAAACUGCAAAAGGACGACUACGCUUGUCGACUAUUGACAACUACCAAGGAGAAGAAAGUGAUAUUGUCGUAAUAUCCUUAGCCAGAAGCAACAAGAAAGGUGACAUCGGUUUCCUCGUAGCUCGUGAGCGACUAGUCGUGCUCUUGUCACGAGCAAGAAAUGGAAUUAUCCUGUUUGGUAAUAUGAAUACUUUCUUGGCUAGUAAAAAGGGCAAUGAAAUCUGGAAAGUCUACUUCGAUGCGAUGAAAGAAAAAGGGUUCCUGUUCGACGGACUUCCCGUCCAUUGUGAGAAACAUCCUGAUCGAUCUACUCUACUCCAGAAGCCUGAAGAUUUUGAUCAGCACUGUCCCGAUGGAGGAUGCGCUCAGCUAUGUGGUGCUAUUCUUAGCUGUGGGAAACAUCCGUGCGAACGCCGAUGCCAUCGCGUGUCCAACCAUUCACAAGUUCCAUGCAUUAAAAUGGUUCAGAAAAUUUGUGAACGUGGCCACAAGGUGAAGCACUUGUGCGGAAAAGAAAACGAAGGUUGCAAGUCUUGUGCAAAAGAAGAUGAAGAGACUCGACGGAGAGUGAAACGAGACCUAGAGAUGGAGAAGAAGAGGCAAGAACAGCAAGAAAAAUAUCGUCGUGAGCUAAAGGAGAUAGAGGACGAGCUGGAUCACCAUCGACGCCAGAUGAAAUAUAAUCAAGAAGAGGAAGAUCAAGCGAAAGAGCUUGCGCAGAAGAAAGUCCAGCUGAAAAGUCUGAAGGAAACAAAGGCAAGGCUAGCUGCGGCUAAGUCAGCAGAAGCCAAAUCAGAAAUACCCGGCAAAAAGCUUCAAAAUCAGAAACCUGCAAGCUCUGAUAGCUUUGGCCCUUCAGCGCAGGAAUGGGAAGAUAUGAAGCGCGAUACUGGGGCAUGCAAUGAUGCUCUAGAUGAACUAAUGGAUCUCAUUGGUUUAGAGUCAGUUAAGGAAGAAUUUCUCGAAAGAAAAACUGAAAUAGACCUUGCUAUCCGUCAGGGAACGUCUCUUUCUAACUCGAGAUUUAGCUGCUCCCUUCUUGGAAAUCCAGGGACUGGUAAAACGACUGUGGCCCGUAUAUGGGGUAGAUUUCUCACUACUCUUGGAGCUAUCUCCGGUGACUGCUUUGAGGAGACAACAGGGUCCAAGUUGGCGAACAUGGGUGUCAAAGGAUGUGAAGAUCUCCUUGAAAAGAUUAAAGACAACGGCGGGGGUGUUUUCUUCAUUGAUGAAGCCUAUCAGCUCUCGUCUGGAAACAGUCCUGGUGGUAAGGCUGUCUUAGAUUUCCUGCUUGCCGAAGUGGAAAACCUCAGGGGAAAGGUUUCUUUUGUUCUUGCUGGAUACUCUAAACAGAUGGAGUCUUUCUUUGCACACAAUCCAGGAUUCCCCAGCCGAUUCCCUAUUACAAUGAACUUUGAAGAUUACACUGAUGACGAGCUGCAACAAAUUCUCAAGCGUCAGAUAAAUCACACAUUUGAAAACAAGAUGGAAGUCGAAGAUGGUUUAGACGGCCUCUAUGUUCGUAUUGCUUCCCGCAGAGUCGGGCGGGCAAGAGGCAAAGAAGGGUUUGGGAAUGCCCGCGCUAUUGAAAAUGCCUUGGCAAAUAUCAGAAAGAGGCAAGCAACUAGGAUUCGACGAGACCCCCGAUCUGGCGAAAAGCCAAACGUGUUCUUGUUUACUAAAGAGGACAUUAUUGGUCCAGAGCCAUCGCUGUCCCUGCAAAAUUGCAAUGCAUGGCAAAAAUUAAACAAGAUGGUUGGACUGAAGGAAGUCAAAGAACAGGUGAAGAUACUACUUGACUCUAUCAAAACCAACUAUCAGCGAGAGCUUGAUGAAGAGCCUCCUAUACAGUUUACGCUCAAUCGAGUGUUUUUAGGGUCGCCAGGAACAGGCAAAACAACAGUUGCUAAGCUUUACGGAGAAAUUCUUGCCAAUCUUGGUCUCUUAUCCAAUGGAGAGGUAGUACUCAAAACUUACGCAGACUUCAUCGGUGCUCAUUUAGGACAAUCAGAAUCUCAGACGAAGGGCAUUCUGGCUGCAACUAUAGGGAAAGUGCUUGUGAUCGACGAAGCAUAUGGCUUAUACGGCGGAAAAGGCUCUACUUCCGACCCUUACAAGACGGCGGCUAUAGACACUAUUGUUGCCGAUGUACAGAAUGUACCUGGUGAUGACCGCUGCGUAAUUUUAAUCGGUUAUCAGGAGCAGAUGGAAGAGAUGUUCCAAAAUGUUAAUCCAGGUCUCAGUCGUCGAUUCUCAGUGGACACGCCAUUUGUUUUUGAAGACUUUGAUGACAAUGCCCUCAGAGAGGUACUGGACUAUAAAUUGAAGGUUUCUGGCUUUACCACUACUGGAGAGGGAAAAACCGCUGCACUCGAUGUUCUUAUCCGAGAGCGCAACAGGGCUAAUUUUGGGAACGGUGGUGCGGUUGAGAAUCUGCUAAGCAAAGCCAAAUCCUCUUAUCAAAAGCGACUCUCAGCUGGAAAGAUGAAAAAGAAGAAUCAGAUAGAAGCAGAAGAUUUUGAUGAGGACUUCGACAGAAGCACGCGAAAGGAUACGAAUGUGCGACAGUUAUUCCAAGAUGAUAUCGGACGCGAAGAUAUCAUCGAAAAGCUCGAACAUAUCCAACAACAGGUGCGGCAGUUGAAAGAUCUCGGUCUAGACGUCAAGGAAGAAAUCCCAUUCAACUUUCUAUUCCGAGGUCCACCAGGAACAGGAAAGACAACCACAGCGCGAAAAAUGGGCAAAGUGUACUACGACAUGGGCUUCCUUGACAAAGCCAAGGUAGAAGAAUGCUCGGCUACGGACUUGAUAGGCGAAUAUGUUGGCCAAACCGGACCCAAAGUCCAAAAAGUUCUUGAAAAGUCUCUCGGAAGAGUACUAUUGAUCGAUGAGGCAUACCGAUUCGCCGACGGCAAAUUUGCAAAAGAAGCUAUUGAUGAGAUUGUGGACUGUGUCACCAAGCCCAAAUAUCAAGGCAAACUCAUCAUUAUUCUGGCGGGUUACGAGCACGAUAUAAAUCGCCUCCUGUCCGUGAACCCUGGACUGACCAGCCGCUUCCCCGAGACUAUCGACUUCAAGCCGCUCAAGCCAGAUGCUUGCUUCGGGCUGCUUGCUGAUCUUUUGCGAAAGAGAAAAGUAGAGCUUGAAAGUAAAGGCAAAGACUUGGACAUCAGCUGCUUGGAACGCCCGUCUGCAUUAUUUCUCUCCAGAUGUAUAGCUACUAUCAAGUCCUUGACUGCUGUAGAAGGCUGGGCUAGCGCAAGAGAUGUCAAACAGCUAGCCAGAAAUGUAUUUCACGCCAUAGAUUUGAAAGCAGAGGCUCUUAAAGUGGAGGAGAAACACGUCCUUCAAGCGCUCAAUCAGAUGCUGAAAGACCGGCAGUCUAAGAUGGUGAAAUCCGCUCCGCCGGUAUUUCAUGAUUGUGAGGCAGAUUUCUCGCCCACACCAUCAGCUCCUUCUGUGCCAGCUCUAUCAAUUCGCACAAAUACAAACAUAGAGGCUCAGCAGAACACAAAUGAGGGCGAUCUGACUGAUGAAGAUGGAUCGUCUCAAUGGACACCUGUAUCGCCUGAGUCGCCAGAGAGUAGCGGCAGUCGCAAAGUUGUACGAGACGCCGGUGUAAGCGACGAAAUCUGGGAGCAGGUUCAGAAAGAUCAAGCAGAAGAAGAACGAAGAGAUGCGGAGUAUCGUAAGCUCAAGGAAGCUCAGAAGCAUGCGACAGAUGAAGCUCGAGAAAAAAUUGUUCGCGAGCUGAUUGAGGAAGAAGAACGGCGAAAAAGGGAAGCGGAGAAACAGGCAAAACUGAUGGCCCUAGGAACCUGCCCUGUGGGAUACCAUUGGAUUAAGCAGGCUGAUGGAUAUCGUUGUGCUGGAGGGUCACAUUGGCUAUCGAAUGAAGAGAUUGAAAAGCAUAUGCAGUAGUUUGAGUUUUUUUUUUUUUUUUAUCAAAUUGAAUACCUUUGCCUCCC